GUGGGACUUGGAAAAGUUGCUAUUGUGGAAUACAAGUUCCAGAAUCCUCCAGCCAGCACAGCCCAGGUAGCUGGGGGAUUGCGGGAAUAUUAAUUCGUUUGUUUGUGGACAGACGGAAGGAAGGAAAAUGUUUCAAGGUGUUGGGGGGGGGAAGAGAGGUGCUGUGUGUUCUUCCAAACUGGAGAGAGAGGUUGACCGCUUUUCCUUUUCCGUCCUUUUGCCCCCAGGCUCUUCAGUGGAACGUGGAACCCCAGCCCAUGGCGGCAGGCCCUCAGGCCCUCAGCCUCUCAGAGCAAACACCCAUGGAGGACGUGCUGCCCGAAACGACGGAGCUCUCCCUGACGGUGGUGGCCGAGAUCCAGGCCGUGGAGAGUAAAGUGGACUCUUACGCUGCGCAGCUCAUGAGCUUGGAGGGCCGGAUGGGCCUGGCGGAGACGAAGCUGGACGGCUGCGAGAAGACGGCGGUGGAGUUUGGCAACCAGCUGGAGAGCAAGUGGGCGGCCCUGGGGACCCUGAUCCAGGAGUACGGGCAGCUCCAGCGGAGGCUGGAGAACAUGGAGAACCUGCUCAAGAACCGGAACUUCUGGAUCCUCCGUCUCCCUCCGGGCCCCAAGGGGGAAGCUCCCAAGGUCCCGCUGCUCUUUGACGACACCUCCUGCAGUUUCUCGGAGCAAGAAUGGAAGAGUCUGGAUGAAGGACAGAGGGACCUCUACCGGUACAUCAUGAAGUCCAACUACAAGGCGGUGGUCUCUGUGGAUGCUGCCCUUUCCAAACCUGACCUGCUCUCCCGGCUUGAACACGCGGACGUUGGAGAUGCUGGGGAGGGCGAGGAAAGAGGACCCCUGAGAGACUCCACCCUCGGGUCUCCCAUGUCUGCCCUCCACGACAGCUCCUGGAUGGAGCAGGAGGAGAUGUCCCUUGUCAAAAGCAUGGGGCACUUGGAGGAGAGAGACGUCCCUGGAGACGCUGCUGCUGUGGGUGCUCUAGGCAGAGAUGCUCCUCAGCUCCUGGAGGAAGAUCCGGAAAGCUUGGAGCUGCCGGGCAUGUUCCCACGAAAGUGGACAGAGGUCUUCCAGGGCCCUGGCGAGGAACUGCUCUGUGAAAGCCAGCCAGCCUCAGCCGUCCCAGCGAGGAAGCCUCCUGGGAGCAGCCUGCGGCGAUCCUCUCGCUGCACCGUAGGCGACUCAAGGAAAGAGGGCCCCUCCCCGUUAGCAGCGGAAGCUCACACGGGCCCCUAUAUCUGCUGUGAGUGCGGGGAGGGUUUCCUCGAUAAGCAGCUCUUCACCACCCAUCAGAAGAGCCACGGGGGAGGAGGCGCUUAUCCCACCUUGGACCCCGGAGGAGGAGGGGGUCUGAAGCCCAAGGCUGGCCCUCUCAUUCUCCCGAGAGCACCGGCUCUGUCCCGCCCCAAACCGCCCAAGCGGCCUGAGCCCCAGAGAAGCUCAGCCUUCAAGCCCGGCGCGGGCAAGCGCCCGGGAAACCAUAUGGUGGAGCGGCCCUACACCUGCAGCCAGUGCAAAGAAAGCUUCAAGCUGGAGGUGAGUUUGCUGCUCCACCAGAAGCUCCACACCGGGAAGGGCGACGGGCCCCUGACCUGCACCUACUGCGGCAAGGACUUCCGAGACCUCUCCAAAGCCGUCCGGCACCAGCGGAUCCACACGGGCGAGCGGCCCUACCAGUGCACCGAAUGCGGGAAGAGCUUCAUUCGGCGAGACCACCUGCUCAAGCACUGGCGCGUCCACACGGGCGAAACGCCCUACCAGUGCGCCACCUGCGGGAAGAACUUCCGCUACAAGGAGUCUUUGAACUGCCACCAGAAAAUCCACACCCGCAACCCUGUGACGCACCAGCUGGCCGUCGGAACGCCCGUGGGCCUGAUGGGCUUGAAGCAAGAGCAGCCGUAUGGACUCGGGGCAAAACCCCCGAUUGGCUUUUCCUUCUCCUGUAAAGCAGGCCAGGCAGAGAGAAAGGGCGACGUCACCCGAGGGGAUCCAAGAGACCUGAGUUCAAAUCCCUCCUCAGCCAAGGACCUCCCCGAACAUAAAGCGCAGCAGAAUUCCGUCCAGGGUGCGGAAAGCCUGCGGAGGGUUUUGGACUGGGGUUUGGCAUCUGUGCCGCCUGCCGCGCCCGUGAAUUCUUGCUUCCGUCCAGAGGCUAGGAGGUGUGAGGAAGAGGAGGAGGAAGAGGAGGAGGUGGAAGACGCCCACCGCCAGGCCACGGAGAUCUCCCUGUGGACCGUGGUUGCUGCCAUGCAAGCCGUGGAGAGGAAAGUGGACCUCCAUGCCGGGCGGCUGCUGACCCUGGAGCGGAGAACCGGUCUGGCGGAGAAGAAGCUCUCGGGCGCAGAGAAGGCCAUGGCGGAGUUCAGCCACCACCUGGCGGCCCUGGGGACCCUGAUCCAGGAGUACGGGCAGCUUCAGCGGAGGCUGGAGAACAUGGAGAACCUGCUCAAGAACCGGAACUUCUGGAUCCUCCGUCUCCCUCCGGGCCCCAAGGGGGAAGCUCCCAAGGUGCCGAUGUCCUUUGACGAGGUCUCCUCCGUCUAUGUCUCCGAGCAAGAAGCCGGAAGCCUGGAAAAGUGGCCGAGGGAGCUCUACAAGAAGAACGUGGCGAAAGGGAACUGCGAGUCUUUGCUCUCAAUGGAUUACACCAUUGCCAAGCCGGACCUGCUCUCCAGGGUCGAAGGUGGAGAGGAUCCUCCGUGUGUGGUGGAUCAGGGCCGUUCAGAGGAAGAAGAGGCCCCCGGGGACAUCAGCACAGAAUUCCUGGCUGCUCCGAACGACACGGUGGCUUUUAUCAGAGGAGAAGUUGUUCCUUCUAUGGCGAGUAAAUGGAACGCCGAAGAAAGGGGAGCCCCCGCAGGCCACAAUCCUGAGGCUGCCUCCUCGACCCAGACGCCCCCCGGGCCGGAUGCGGGUCUGUACGGUGCCUUGCCGGAGGCGCUGGACCAAGCCACCUUCUGCUUCCCCGAGGAAGGCUUGGCCUGUGUCGACGGGCAGGCGGUUGGCAUCGGAGGCGGCCUUGAGGAGCCGGCGGAGUGCGGGCAAGGCUUCGGGGAUUUCACCACUAUCAUCAUCCAGGAGGGGGCCCUUCCCGGCGAGGCCCCCUACGUCUGCCCGGACUGUGGGAAAAGCUUCCUCUACGAGGAGCAGUGCGCCCUGCAUCAGCGGACCCACCCCAGGGCCUCUCCGGAGCCCCAGGGAGGGCCACCCGCCACCCUCCGGCCCGGAGCCAACGUCCACUCAUGCCCCGAGUGCGGGCGCUGCUUCCCCCACCAGGCGAGCCUGAGCAAGCACCGGCUGUGGCACUCGGGCGAGCGGCCGCACACCUGCGCCCAGUGCAAGAAGAGCUUCCGGCUGAAGAUCAACCUGCACCUCCACCAGCGCAGCCACGCCGCUGCAGCAGGGCUGGAGGCCGCGCAGGCCAGCUCCUACAUCUGCGGCGAGUGCGGGCGCGGGUUCAACCACCACUCCAAUUUCCUGCGGCACCAGAUGAUCCACACGGGGGAGAGGCCGUACGCCUGCGCCGAGUGCGGGAAGACAUUCAUCCGCAAGGAGCACCUGGCCACCCACGGCCGGCUGCACACGGGGGAGCGUCCUUACCGGUGCCUCCUCUGCCAGAAAAGCUUCACCCGCAAGCAGCACCUGGUGGGGCACCAGCGCCUCCACGAGGGGGAGGGGGCCUGGCUGGAGAAUCACCUGCUGCCGAGCCAGCCGGGGGGAACCAAAUCCCAGGCCGGGCCCGGGGCCGCUGCUGAGAAAGCCCGCCGCCUCUCCUUGCGCUUUCCGGCCUCUCGGCUUUUCCCGACCAUAGAGGUAGCCCCCGAAGGGAGAGAAGGGGUCAAGGACUUUGACGCUUCCGGUUUCCCUUUGAACGCGGGCGGCUGGAAGGAAAACAACUGGCGUGUACCCGUACCAUCAUCUUCCAUUGUUGGCCAUGCUGAAGCCAAGGAUGUCUGGAAGCCCACCCGUUCCCUGGCCCUCACCCUAGCACCACCACCACCACCAGUCCCAAAACUGGGAGAGGCCUCUUCCCCUUCAGUGGAUCUUCUUUGGCCUGAGCCUGAACCUCUGGCGGGGAAGUGGGGGGGUUUUUCAAGCAUCCGAGCCCAAUGCAAGGGAGAGAACCAACAGGCGCCAGAACUGGAUUCUUCACGGCUCUCUGCCGACCCUGACCAAACCUUUGAAAGAGAAACUCAGACGGCGGAGAUCUCUCUCACCUUAAUUGCCUCCUUCCAAGCAAUGGAGAAGAAGGUGGAUUCCUACGCGACACGGUUGCAGGAUCUGGAAGGGAGGACGGGCACGGCCGAGAGGAAGAUCACAGACUGUGAAAAGACGGCUGUGGAAAUCGGGAACCAACUGGAGAGCAAGUGGGCGGCCCUGGGGACCCUGAUCCAGGAGUACGGGCUGCUCCAGAGGAGGCUGGAGAACAUGGAGAACCUGCUCAAGAACCGGAACUUCUGGAUCCUCAGGCUUCCCCCCGGCUCCAAAGGGGAAACUCCCAAGGUGCCUGUGACCUUUGACGACGUGUCCGUCUACUUCAACGACAAGGAGUGGGAGAAGCUGGAGGCCUGGCAGAAGGAGCUCUACAAGAACUUGAUGAAGGGGAACCACGAGUCGCUGAUCUCGCUGGACUAUGCAAUAUCGAAGCCCGGCGUUUUAGCCCAGACGGAGCCAGGGACCGACUCUUGUCUUGGCGACGAGCAGGACUCAGAAGAGCAGGGCAGCCUUCCAGAUCCCACAGCAGCAGGCAUAAGGGUGGUGAUCAAAACGGAGGAGCCCCAUUCUGACGACUGCCCGGAAGACCUGGAGCCGCAUCAGACCUCGGGGAGCUCAGAGGGGGAUUUCCCGGGCUUGGACCAAGAAGCCCCCUGCGGAAGUCCGUACAGCGCGGCGACCCCUCUGGGCAACCUGGCGGCCAACAACCUGGAAGAAGCCGGCGAGUACGACAUGCACUACGGGGAGAUCAAGAGGGUCACCGUCCAGCACAGCAGCUGCGCGGAUGAUGGCAUUGUGAUCAAAAUGGAGGAGGAGGAGGAAGAGGAGGAGGAAGAAGAGGAAGAGGAGGAGGAGGAAGAGGAGGAAGAAGAGGAGGAGGAAGACCCCGUCAGCUUAGAGCCACGGGGGCUGUUCUCUUCCCGGGCCGAGCCCCCCUGCUCGUUAAACUGCAACGUGGAAGUCAUGCGGGAUGACCAGCGGAUCGCAAAGCCUCCCAGAGCCAGCGUGGGGAUCUGCGCCCCACUGUGCGAGAGGGACAAUAGCGCCGAGGCACGGCCGGUCACCCUUCAGCAGCGGAACCGGACGCGCGAGCGGCCGUACGUCUGCCCGGAGUGCGGCAAGAGCUUCAUGCUGCGCAUCAACUACAUCAUCCACCAGCGCAACCAUCUCAAGGAGGGCCCUUACGAGUGCCACGCCUGCGACCUCAGCUUCCGCAUCAAGCAACAGUUCCUGCUGCACCAGCGGCUCCACACCGCCCGCCGGGGCGUGGCCCCUCCGCCCCGCCGAGGGCAGGCCUACCCGGACAAGCGCGGCCUCAAGCCGCAGCCCCGGCCCUCUCCAGCGCCCGGAAAGCCCUACAAGUGCAGCGAGUGCGAGAGCAGCUUCAGCCACAAGUCCAGCCUGAGCAAGCACCAGAUCACGCACGUGGGUGAGCGGCCUUAUGCCUGCAACGAGUGCCGCAAGAGCUUCCGGCUGCAGAUCUCCCUGGCCAUGCACCAGCGGGUGCAUGCUGGCAAGAGCGAGCUGUCCUUCAUCUGCCCGCAGUGCGGCAAGGCCUUCAGCCGCCCCUCGCACCUUUUGCGACACCAGCGGACUCACACGGGGGAGCGGCCCUACAAGUGCAGCCAGUGCGAUAAGACCUUCAGCGAGAAGUCCAAGCUGACCAACCACUACCGCGUCCACACCCGCGAGCGGCCCCACGCCUGCGGCGAGUGCGGCAAGGGCUUCAUUCGGAAGCACCACCUCCUCGAACACCAACGCAUCCACACUGGGGAGCGGCCGUACCACUGUGCCGAGUGCGGGAAGAAUUUCACCCAGAAGCACCACCUGCUCGAGCACCAGCGGGCGCACACCGGCGAGCGGCCGUACCCCUGCACGGAAUGCGCCAAAUGCUUCCGCUACAAGCAGUCCCUCAAGUACCACUUGCGGACACAUGUGGGGGAGUGAGGGUCAACCCUCUCCCUCACUCUCUUUCCCCCUCCUCCUAAAGCCUGGCAUCAGGGACGGAUGACCGACCUGGGGGUAUUGGGGAGGAAGUGGGGGGAAGGAGGAGGGAGGCUUUCUCCAGGUGUUCCUCCGCGCCUCCCCAGGGACCCAGACUCAUGGUCUCUUCCUUUAAGUAAAUAACGGGUUCCGGAAUCCAACUAACCGCACCUGUCGGCACCCUUGGCACCCGCCUGACCUGAACUGUUCACCUUGCUUCUGCCUUCCUUGCCCCAGUUCUCUUCUUUUUGAUAAUAAAUGUGGAGUCUGAUUUAUUUGGUAA